GAGUCUGUGUUUGGCUGCUGCGUCCAGUUUGCGCAAUUCAGAGAAGAGCAGCUUGUUCAGUGGCCCCGAUCCAUUCGUGGUUCGGUCCACGGUGUCAUCGUGCAUCAGUAUGGGAACCCCAUCAGCCGUGAACUCCAGGUCCAGCUCCACACCCAUGGCUCCAUUCUCACUCGCCUUUCAUUGAGAAAUGAGAGUCAUCGUAAGAGGAAGAAACCAGUGCUUGGGAUGAUGUCCGCACGGUUAAUCCGCGUUUCCCGUUUUCCUCUCUAUGGGUGUCAUCGUGCGGAACAGUAUUUGGGUCAACGGAUGCCCAUCACAGUCACACACCCUGUACUGAUCCAACCCGCGUCCUUCUCCUCUGACCUCGCCUCCAGGAAGUACAGUCCAAUUUACACUUUUCCGGCUAUCAAAGGCCUGCGGGCGCUCUCUGGACUCAAGCUGAUGCAGACGGGCAUCACUGUGAUCUUACUGCCGGCGGUGUAUUACCUCUACCUGCAGGGACAGGCGUCAGGACUGCUGCUGGGUUACUCCACAGGCAUCGCCGUGUUUGCCGGCGUCAUGCUGUACUCCAUAAGCCACUACGUCAGACGAGUGGUGGGCAUGAUGUAUCUGGACUCAACGCAGACCGUCUUAAAGGUGUCGCACCUGACCUUCUGGGGUCACAGACGGGACAUGUACGUGCCCGUGUCAGAUAUCAUGACUCUGGGAGAGUCUGGGGACGCCAAAGGAGAGCCCAUCCUGCGUUUGAAGCGCUACGGUUGUUCUGAUACCAUGUACUUCUCCACCAGACUGGGACGAGUGGUGGACAGAAGGGCUUUUGAGAAGGUUUUUGGGAGUUUGUCGUGAAUUUACUUCCUCUUGUUGUUGGUUUUUCUCAUGUCAUGGACCGUUAGAUACGGUCUUGUAAUUUAAGUGAUGAAUAAAGAUGUUAUGUUAAAAUUU